AUGGUAGUAGAAAAUAUUAUUAUACUUAAGGCACCCUCUUCGCGGUGCAGCGAGUACGACGGCGACAGUCCGACCGGUGCCGACGGCGAACGAUCGCGGCCGAACGUUCCUCGUGCCGACGCUAUGGCCCGGAGACCGCGACCGACCCUCGACCAUUCGGCGUCCGGUUGCGCUGUCGUACCGUCCUUCGCGUGUCGUUACCGUCUUUGCCGCCGGUUCCAGUCGUCUUAUCGUUCGGUCGUGUUACGGGUGUGUCUGUUGUGCGAGUUCAGUGCGUUUCUAGCGUUCGGCCUAGUGUGA